CGACAAAUCCCGCUCCCGCCGUCCACAACCUGAACUCCCGCCCGGCUGUUACAUCCAGGGCUGUCAUAGCCUAUUAAUCGAUAUUUGCUCAUAAAACAGGAACAUAUAUUGAUGAGAUGGGAGACUCGCGUCGUCGCCAGAACCAUAGCUGCGAUCCGUGUCGCAAGGGGAAGAGGGGUUGUGAUGCGCCUGAAAUUCGCGACGAGAUCGGCUACACGUGCUCGAAUUGCAAGCGAUGGAAGAAGAAAUGCACCUUCAAUUUCGUCUCGUCGCGGCGCGCAGAUACCCGUGGUGUCGCUGGGAAUGCACGCUCAAAAGCAAAGGCCGCGUCUACAUCCACAUCCACUUCAGCUGCUCCAACGGCUAUCCCUGCCUCGGUCGCUACCUCUGUAGCGGCCCCUCCGACCCCGGAUAGUGGGGAUAUUCCGACCAUGACGAUGCCGAGUAUAAGUUCGUGGAAUACCCUCCUCGAUGAGGGAUUGCGGUCAUCGGAGCUGGACCCAGCGAGUCUGGGUGAGAUGUUUGCGUUCACGUCGCCGUCGAACUACGCUGCAUCGGCGUUGCAUGGGCAGGCGCCGCAUACUGUGGGUGGAGGGAACGAUGCGAUUGCGUGGGACAUGGGGAUUCCAACAGAAGGCUGGACCACGACAAUGCCGCACUCAGAAAAGUCGCUUAGUCCAUUUGCACCACAGCUCUUUGUGCCCCAGGACAACGUGAGCAUGAAUCCGUAUGAUGUUGAAAUCAUCCAGGAACUAGACGACGGCUCCUCCGACGACACCUCCACCGACCACAUCGCCAAGAAGCGGAAAUUCCAGUGGGAUCUAUGCGUUGCGUCGGACAAGGCGGCAAACCGAGUCGGUCGCUCGACAAUGACACGAAACCUGAUCCGAAUAUACCACGACAGCAUGGAGAACGCGCUUUCGUGCUGGCUAACCGAACAUAAUUGUCCGUACGCCGACCCAAUGAGCGCAUUGGUGCCGUUCCACCAGAGAAAAGAGUGGGGACCCAGCUGGUCGAAUCGAAUGUGUAUCCGGGUGUGCCGGUUAGAUCGCGCGGCCUCGUCGAUACGAGGGAGGGCAUUGAGUGCAGAGGAGGAUAAGACUGCGGCGCGGGCGCUGCACCUGGCCAUCGUAGCCUUUGCAUCACAGUGGACGCAGCACGCACAAAGGGGGAUGGGAUUAUCGGUUCCCGCUGAUAUCGCGUACGAUGAACGGUCCAUCCGGAAGAACAUCUGGAAUGAGGCAAAGCAUGCGCUGCAGCAUUCAACGGGGAUUCCCUCGUUCAGAGUGAUAUUUGCGAAUAUCAUCUUCUCUCUCACGCAGAGUCCGCUGGACGAGACUCAACCCGCCAAGCUUGGGCAGCUUUUGGAAAAUGACGGUGCGCCGGUAUUCCUGGAGAACGCAAACCGGCAACUGUAUACGUUCCGCCACAAGUUUGCGAGGCUCCAGCGCGAGGCUGCUCCAGCCGUGUCAGAUCUUAGACGUGGAUCAAUCUCAUCGACGCUGACCGAAGUCCUCAAAGUACCAACACCAGAGAGCCAACAGCUCGACCCAAUCCUCGCAAGCCAAGACCACCGCAGCACGCUCAGCCUCCUCUUCUGGCUCGGAAUCAUGUUCGACACCCUCAGCGCGGCCAUGUACCAACGCCCGCUCGUCGUCUCGGACGAGGACAGCCAGAUCGCCUCCGCCUCGCCCUCCCCUUCCACUGACCACCGUGUCAAUCUCAACUACUGGGAAGUCCCAGACCACAACGCUCCGGCCAAGAACGACGUCUGGGGCGACUUCUUCCUGAACCCCCCGAAGCGCCAGGAACCGAUCCCGCUCUCCACAACACAUCCACACCUCCAAACGCAACAACCGCGCUGGCCCUGCUCCUACGAAGAAGCAGCCUCCGUCCUCUCUGAAGCAACCCCCGUCAAAGUCCUCCUCUACCGCCGCGUCACCCAACUCCAAACCCUCAUCUACCGCGGCACGUCACCCGCCCGCCUCGAACAAGUGAUCCAGAAGACACUCCUUGUCUACCACCACUGGACGUGCACCUAUCAGACUUUCAUGCUCGACUGCGUUGCGAACCACGAGUCUCUCCCGCAUCGCAUCCAAUCCUGGUACGUGAUUCUGGACGGACACUGGCAUCUCGCUGCGAUGCUGCUUGCCGAUGUUCUGGAGAGUAUAGAUCGAAGUCACCUCGGGCUCGAAUCCGAGCGCGAGGCCCGCAUUGCGAACGAUCUCAUCGCUACACUCCGAAUCGACAACGCCCUCGCCGUCGGAGCCCUCGCGCGCUCAUCGCUCCACGGACAGAAUAGCACAAUGCAUCGAUAUUUCCACGAUAGUCUCAACGAAGUUGCGUUUCUUGUUGAGCCGUGGACAGUCGUGCUCAUUCAUUCAUUCGCGAAAGCAGCGUAUAUCUCGCUAGAAUGCCUGGGGACUUCUGCCGGGGGGAGUGAUGACGGGACACAGGGCGCGCUGGCAGAGUGCUUUCGGCAGAAUUGCGAGUUUUGUAUUUGUGCGUUGAAGUAUCUUGGACGGAAAUCGGAUAUGGCGUCUUGUGUUGCCGGCGGGUUGGAGAGGGAGUUGGCUGCGAAGGUGGGUAGGCUGGGUUAGAGUGUCGGUCUCGGUUUUCGUUAUAUCGUAGGUUUGGGUUCUUGUAUGUAUUAUUUAAUGAAGCGAUUAUGUCUUUUCUUACGAACAGA